AUGGCAUUAACUGAACUGCUGGAAAAAAUGCGCAUUCUUCAGCUGGAUGUCACCGAACUGUUUUGGACAAAAGUUAUUUCCCUAUUCCACAUCAGGCCCGCGAAGCUGAACGACUUCGCUGUGGUCGAGGUUCACAUGCGCUACGCCAAGCGAAUACUCCUGGACUACCAGACACGUAAUUAUGCCGGACAGACAACAAGGUAA